AUGGCACGGUUGGUCGGCAAUGUGAGGGAAUUCGAAGGAAGAGAGAACAACACCGAGAUCCAGGAGCUCGCUCGCUUUGCUGUCGACGAGCACAACAAGAAACAGAAUGCGCUUCUGGAGUUUGCGCGUGUUGUGAAGGCGAGGGAGCAAGUUGUAGCUGGAACUCUACAUCACUUGACGGUGGAGGCAGUUGAGGGAGGGGAGAAGAAGCUGUACGAGCCCAAAGUGUGGGUGAAGACAUGGCUUAAUUUCAAACAGGUUGAAGAAUUCAAGCAUGUUGGCGAACAAGGUAAAUCUGGCGUCAAUUCUUAGCGAUGGAUUUGGGUUCAAUUCCAUCAAUAAAUAAAAUGAAAAAUAGUAUUUUGAGUAUCAAAUUUCUA